AUCAACUGAAAAAUUACCCGAAUCCGUUUCCUAACCCGACCCACUAUUUUGAAUAAAACAAUAUCUUGGUCAAGCGAAUUAGAAAAACAGUUCGAAAAAAUUUAGCGCUUCAACAACGAUUUCUUCUUCUUUCCCCACUAAACCCUAUGUUAUUGUUUAUACAGAUGGGAGAUGUGGGGUUUAUUGGAUUUUGUUUUUCUUUUAUUGCAGUUUGGGUGAUUUCUUGAAGUUUAAAUAUGAUUUAUACGGCGAUAGAUACGUUUUAUCUAUCAGAGGAGCAGCUUAUAAAUUCGCCUUCUAGGAAAGAUGGAAUUGAUGAAGUUACGGAAACAACACUUAGAAUCUAUGGUUGUGAUCUUAUCCAAGACAGCGGGAUUUUGCUCAGAUUACCCCAAGCUGUAAUGGCCACUGGUCAAGUAUUAUUUCAUCGCUUUUACUGCAAGAAAUCAUUUGCCCGUUUUAAUGUGAAGAGGGUCGCUGCUAGUUGUGUUUGGCUUGCAUCAAAACUUGAAGAAAGCCCGAGAAAAGCAAGGCAGGUGCUUAUUGUUUUCCACAGAAUGGAAUGUAGGAGAGAAAACUUACCUAUAGAACAUCUGGAUACAUCUUCGAAGAAAUAUAUUGAUUUGAAAGCAGACCUAAUCAGAACAGAGAGGCAUCUUUUAAAAGAGAUGGGUUUCAUCUGCCAUGUUGAGCAUCCUCAUAAGUUUAUAUCAAACUACCUUGCACCUUUUGAAGCACCUGCAGAAUUGAGACAAGAAGCUUGGAAUCUUGCAAAUGACAGUUUGCGCACAACACUCUGUGUAAGAUUCAAGAGUGAGGUUGUGGCCUGUGGAGUUGUAUAUGCUGCAGCCCGUAGAUUCGAAGUGCCCCUCCCAGAGGAUCCUCCUUGGUGGAAAGCGUUUGAUGCAGACAAGGCUGGUAUAGAUGAAGUUUGCAGAGUUCUCGCUCAUCUUUACAGCCUUCCAAAAGCACAAUACAUUCCUGUGUGCAAGGAAGGAAGUUCGUUUGCUACAUCAAACAGAUCAAGGGACAUGCCAUCGCUUCCUGUAUCUAAGGAAGGUUUUUUGGAUGUUCGACCAGUGAAUGAAGAUACUGAGGAAGUUGCCAAGGAUGCAGUAACAAAACCCGCCCUUGAUAAGUUGAAGGACUUAAAGAAGAACGAUGAUGACGCUAAACCUUUAGAAGGGGUGUCAAAAGAAGACACUGGAAGAACUGAUCAUAGAACAGAUGCAGGCGGAGAAAAGAACAAGGAGAGAGAGAGGGACAGGGGCAGAGACAGGGAGAGAGAGAGGGAUAAGGAAAGACUAAAGUCUCGCGAACGUGAUAGAGGAAGGGAAUCUGACAGGGAAAGGGAGCGAGACGACUUUGAAAGGGACAAGGAAAAAUCCAAGGAAAGGAGUCAUCGUUCAAGAGACAAAGGUCACUCAGAGAAACCAAAACAUCACUCUUCUCGAGAUCGUGAUUACCCGUCUUAUUCAUCACGGGAAAAGGAUCGUCGUAGACACCAUUAGCUUGGAGCAGCCUGGCAAAAUGUACUCUCGAUCACUUCAAUCAAGAAGUUGCUUUCUCCAUUAAAGCUUCUUUUAAAUCACACUUUCAUGGAUUUCAUUAAUCUGCAUAUGGAGGAUUUGUUUAAUUUGGGGAAUUGUAUAUCCACCGGUUGAAUUGGACCCAUCAUUCUCCUGCUUGAGACACCUAAAAAUAUGCUUAUGGUUUGAUGUUGCAGGUUACCAUACCAAAUAUGUUAGUCUUUAUGGAGCGUAGCUGCUUAGUCUUAUGGAUCGUAGCUGCUGCUUUUUGCAUAUUAGCUGAGAGUGCCGCCUUCUUGGUGAAACUGUACCACACCCUUUUGUAUAAACCAAGAGUCUCUUGUAAUCGCGACAUUGGUUUUAACGAUUGUCAUUUAGUUCCCCUGAACAAUUGAUAUACCUGUGUUGUCCAAAUAUAUUCGGUCUGCACGAACUCUUUAACUUUCAA